GCUGCUGAAAAUGGGGGAGCAAAUGUAGCUCUAUGGGAAUAGAGGGGGCAGCUGAGCCGAGUUUUUCCCAUGAGACUUACUUAACUUAAAAAAGUCCUAGUCUUAAAAAUAAGCAUGGAAAAUUUGUGCAGAGAGCAACUGCCGUGUUAACGCUCUCUAUGAAAGUUUAGCAGCAAGCUGGCGAUGGUGUCAUUUUGCAGGGCUAUUCUUGCAGGGCUUAUGGUAGCUGAGUGUCCUCGCUUCUCCUUUCUGCUUUCUCCCUGUUCUCCCUUCUCUAAUCAGGUUUCCCCCUGCUUUCCCUAAGGCAGCCGCAUCCUCAGUGACUUUGUGCUCAGACCAACCCUGUAGCUCAGGCGGUGGCUGUGAACAUGGCCGCCAGCAGCUUUGUCCGGAGCUGUGAGCCUCAGCUGCAGAAAGAUAAUUUCCUUUGGGCCACCUGGCUCAAGGGCUUUUCUGCCCCAUCUCCUGCAUCUGCUGGUAGUGGAUCAGUUCACGGGCUGCUGGGAAGCCCCACGUGAGCCCCUUGCUUAGGCACAAAUUCUGUCUGUUCCUGACUUUUUUUUGAUGGUCGAAUGCUACAAAAAAGCAAUGUAUGGAGUUCAAGACCGUGGGCCUCUGCUGGGUCUUGCUAGGGAGGCAUUGCCUUGGAUUAAGUUAAGGGGCACGACUAAACAACAGAUUUUGCUGUUGUUUAAUAAUUUAAUAAUGAAGAAGUCCCUAUUCAGGCAGGUCCCCAUAGCCUGUGCUUGACCUAGAAGUUAAAUAUCGCAAAAUCAGGUAUUAUGACUCUCCAGCCCCUGAGCUGCAAACUUCGCACGGGAAUCAGUGCUAAAUCCAGUGGCUUGAAAGAUUAGCUGCUGUGUUGAUAGUGUGCCACAGCUCUUCCUGGUAUUUAGCCAUGAGUCCAGUUGUAUUAGACAGUCACGGGCAUCUGUGUACCCCAGUGGCAAGUUUUAAGCAUGCAAAGGUGUUGAGCAGCAACCAACCAAGCUCUUCCCAUGCUGCAACCAAAAAACUUGGCUAUGUUGCAUCUCAUUUUUGUCACCACACCUGUGCAGAGGCUCAUAGUUUUUGCAAUAAACUUGAAAUAGUUCAAGAAUAUCUUUGGCUUUGGCUGAAUUCCCUUUAUGGUUUGCCCUUUUGUGGAGCCUCAUAACUUUUCUUUUUUUUUUUUUUUUGGAAUUUACAGAACUUUCUAAAUCUCCUUAAAAAUUUAAAAGCUGGCCAAAUCAAACACUGCCGCAGACAAAAUUCCUCCCCCAGGCAGAGGGCACAGAGGUGCUCAGUUCAUACCACGCUGAGGCUAAUACAAGAACUUGCACAGACUAUCUUCUGUUGCGCUGCCCGUACCAGCACUACUGGGUGUUUUCACCCUUAUCACUGGCUCUAGGAUACUUCCAGCUGAUUAUUUUUUUUGCUAUUGCUUUGAAGCCCUCCUUGGGAAGUCUCCUUCUGUAUCCUGCACUUGGACUGCAUGUCUUUUCUGUGUACAUGCUGAUAACCUGGUUUCUUUCUUCCAUUUACUGCUGCUUUUUGCUCUUUGGACUUUGCCUCCGGUUCGCUGGGCGCCGGAGGAGGCAUUGCAGGGCACGCUAGCGGGGUCGGGGUUGCUGGCAGGCUCCUGAGCUCUCGCAGAGGAGGAGCAGCGUUCCCAGGCAGCUGCCGUGACCUCUCGGAACAGGCACCGAGAGGAACUGUAUCUCAGCUCUUCUGCCAGGACCCAGCACCAAAAUGCAACCCAUGCUCCUGCACAGCCUUUCAGAGUUGGAAAGAGCCAUUCUGCAAGAGCUUGCCCUCUACCAGCUGCAGGAAAAGCUGCUUGUUGGAGAUCUCAGCCUGGCUAAAGUUGGCCCUAAAGGUAGUAAAUCUAUCCGCCAGAAACUGGAGAGCUUUUCCAAGGAGAAGAAAGAUGGCUAUCCUCAGACUUUUGGGAUCCCACUCUUCCAAGUCAUCAACAAUGAUCGUGCGUACAAGCAACUGCAAGAAGAAGUGAAGAGCAGUCGCCGGCUCUGCUUAGAGGUGGAAGCAACAGUGAUAAGAUAUCGGGCUCAGAUCCAGAAGAAGUCUACGCUGGGCAGAAGCUGCGGGCUGGUACCCUGCAAGGUGUACUCCGAGGAGCCGCUUUCCCCCACUUUUCUUGACAACAGCUCCUGGAGCCAGCGAAGGGGGGGAAUGUCCGUGGACUCCAUUACUGAUCUGAGUGACAACACUUCCAAGCUGCUGGAGGCACUGCAGUUGUCACAUCCCCAUGAACUGGAUCUGCGGAGAAGCCGGGGCAAAAAAAAGAUGUUGAGCCUCAACCCUAUCACUUGGCAAGUCCCAAGGAUUGUGGACAGAUGCUGCCAACACAUUGAAAUGCACGGUCUCCAGACAGUGGGCAUCUUCCGGGUUGGGAGCUCCAAGAAAAGAGUUCAGCAGUUGAGGGAAGAGUUUGACCGAGGACUGGAUGUUUUCUUGGAUGAGCACCAAAGCGUUCAUGAUGUGGCUGCUCUGCUCAAAGAGUUUCUUCGUGACAUGCCGGAUUCACUGAUUCCCAGAGAGCUCUAUGAAGCCUUUCUCAGCACAGCAUCCAUGGAGUGCCCAGAGCAGCUUGCCACGCUCCAGUUGCUGCUCUUCCUGCUGCCCCCCUGCCACAGCGACACGCUGCACCGGCUUCUGCAGUUCCUCAACGAGGUGGCCCAGCAUGCUGAGAGCUCCCGGGGCCCUGACGGCCAAGAGAUUCCUGGGAAUAAAAUGACAGUAUCAAACUUGGCCACAAUCUUUGGCCCCAACAUCCUGCAAAAAGAGAAGCCUGGAGAGAAGGACUCUGGUGCCAUGAACAUUGAAGACAGCACUGCUGUCAUAUUGGUGCUCCAGAGGUUGAUUGAGCACUACCAGACCUUGUUCAUGGUCUCUCCAGAAAUGCAACACGACAUCUUAAGGAGACUAUUUCAGACAGACCCCGAUGUCAUUGAUUACCUCUUGCGCAGGAAGUUCAAUACCGUGCUGAGCACAGAGAGCGAGCCUUUGACAGAGGAGAGUCCACCAUCCCUGCUGCCCAGUCAGUCUUGCACCCUGGAAAGAAACCAGCUCUCGUCAGAGUUAUACAGCAGUGUCUCAUUUCUAAACCUGGAUGUUGGCAUUUAGCAAGCCUGGGACAGCUCCAGUGCUACUUUCCAUGGACAGAACUGGGCAAGCUUUCUGCCACAAAAAUAAGUCCUCUAUCCUACUUCAGAGGAGUGGAGAAGGGCAGGGAGUAUGAAUCUCUGUGGGAAUGUCUUUGUUAACAGUAAACAUGCCAAAUUGUUCUGGUGUAGGCAGCCCUACAGCGGGAGAUGUGUUUGCAGGUUUGCGACAGCAGGCUUGGUUUCCAGAGAGUGGGUUUGUUGCUAGAUGACAACGAAGAACUGCAUGCUUGUGUGGUGAAAACUGUGGCUGUGCAUGCAUGGCUUUGUAGGCAGUGGUACGCGUAGGUGAGUGUGCCCUGCAAGCAGGCCAAAAAGCCAUCGGUGUGUGUUGUUGCUUCUUUGCAAGUCUGAAAUAGUGCAGUGCCUUCAGCACAGCAGAGCCUCUGUGGCCUACUGUUUGCUUCAUAGGUGUUUGAGACUUCUGUUCCCCGAGCUGGGCCACCUGACUUUCUCCUGCCCUGUGCAAUUGAAAGCUCACACAUCCAGGCCACCUGAGGAGAGCACUCAGCUGAUACAGGGAACUGUGUGAGAAAAAUACAUUUGUGCAUGAGCUCACAUCUCAGGGUUAGCAACACACAGGGUGGCAGACUGCCGGGUGCCUUCGUGGCACCCUUGUCUGGGGAGCACGGCCUCUCGCCCUCCAGAUGACCACCAGGCCAAUGCAACAGGGCAGCAAACUGGAGCAGACUGAGGAGCAGCAGUGGGGAUCUCUGAAGUGGAGGGCUGCACAUAAGCUCCAUGUCAUGCUCAGCAGACGGGACACAGAGUCCAAAAUAGCCCUCACCUAUUGCCCAGCCAGGAGUUUGCCGGGAUGGGUGCACCUGGGCUCUGGUGGGGGUCUGCCCACCUGCCUGCAGCUUACAGGGACAGGACUGAGGCAGGAGCAGUGGAUGGAGACUGUAAGCAGGGUGGUGAGGACAGAAAAUGCAGUUCAGCAUUAUGCAGUCUGUGCUUUGGGGUCCUGUUUACUGUGUGUUGUCAUAUCACAGGCGUAUCCUCCACAGAGAGGAAUCCCUUUUGGAGCUAAAGAAACGCCCGUGCAGACCAAGCAAAGCACUACACCUACAGAGACACCAUGGCCCUCCAUGUUCAGAAUGAAUUGUAGCUCAUUUUUAUUUGAAGCCAGGUUUCCACUGCUCAUUUUAUAGACAGAAAACACUGUAAUGUCCCAAAAAUGGGGACAUGGUGUAGUAAGUGGGAACACUAUAUUCAGCAAAACCUCUAAAAUAUUUUACAGAUUCUGGUGUUUUUUCGUGGUCUUUGGCUAAGAAAUGUCUGGCUUGGUUUGUUUGAGUUUCUGAGGCAUUCGAAGUCACUGCCAGUUAUGUGCAAGUUAGGGUUAGAGUCAGUUUUAGGUUAGGGCUAUGGUUGGGGUUGGCACUGAGAACAGGGUGACAGUAAGGGCUGGGGGCAGAGUGGGACAGAGUAAGUGUUUGGCCCUUCCCUGUCACAAACAGUUUAGCUGUCCUCAGCAUGCUCAGAUGGAGUUUGUAACCAUGGGGAAAUGUUUUGGGAUCACCCAUGCCCUCAGAGUAGGUUUCCAUUAAGAGCUGGUUUAAGUUUUGGCUUAUGAGUAAGGUUCAAGAUUAGGUUUAGGGUUUUGCUUAGGGUUUAGGGCUUGGGUAUGGCUAGGGCUUGCCUGGUCUAUAAUCUUCUGUACUCUGGUGGCUUUGGGAGCCAGGGAAAGUUCUUUGAAGUUACCAAACCUCCCAGACUAGGGACAAUUUCAUGUUACAGUUAAGCUACUUUGCUGUUCUGGAUGCACAGAAACACACUUGGGUUAAGGCUGUGAUGCUGGAGAGGUGUUUCAGACAGAAAAAUGAGGUCUACAAUUAGGACUAGGGUUAAAAGAGGGUUACACUGAGGUGAGGGUAGGAUUUCGGGCUAGGUUUAGGGUCGGUGCAUGAGCCUUCUUGCACAGACAUGCACUGGGAGCUGAGAGGGUUUGCACUUUGUUCUGGUUGGGAGUUUGAGUAAGGCUCUGCAGGCCUCCAGAGUGGGAUUCCCUGGGAGCCCUGCUCCACCUGGAAAGCUGGGAAGCAGCUGAGCAUUAUCUGGGAUCCAGGUACAACCAAAAUUGUUGUGCCACCAGCACUUUACCUGAGGGCCACAGCGGACCACUGUGGCCCAUGUGUACCCUAAAACCCAUCACAUGUUCCCCCCCAGGGGCCACCUCCCAUAAGCUGGAUCCUUGCUGCUCCUCUCCAAUUAAAACUUUUUAAGAGUAA